GCGCGGCUAAGCCUGUCGUCUCCGCGGGACGCAGCUGCGCCGCCUGCCCAAGGUGCUGGAGGGCGGCCUUCCGCAGAUGCCGCGCACCGUCCUGGAGACCGACGUGCCGCAGCUCUUUCGCGAGCCCUACAUCCGCGCCGGCUACCGGCCCACAGGCCACCGCUGGCGCUACUACUUCCUCAGCCUCUUCCAGAAGCACAACGAGGUGGUGAACGUGUGGACGCACCUGCUGGCGGCGCUGGCCGUGCUGCUGCGCUUCCGCGCCUUCGCCGAGGCCGAGGCGCUGCCCUGGGCGCCGCACGCGCUGCCGCUGCGCCUCUUCGCGCUGUCCUCCGUGGCCUACCUCACGUGCAGCCUGCUGGCGCACCUGCUGCAGUCGCGCUCCGAGCUGGCGCACUACACGCUCUACUUCGCGGACUACGUGGGCGUCAGCGUGUACCAGUACGGCAGCGCGCUGGCGCACUUCUUCUACAGCUCCGACCAGGCGUGGUACGAGCGCUUCUGGCUCUUCUUCCUGCCCGCCGCCGCCUUCUGCGGCUGGCUGUCGUGCGCCGGCUGCUGCUACGCCAAGUACCGCUACCGCAGGCCGUACCCGGUGAUGCGGAAGGUGUGCCAGGUGGUGCCCGCGGGGCUGGCCUUCGUGCUGGACAUCAGCCCCGUGGCGCACAGGGUGGCGCUGUGCCACCUGGCCGGCUGCCAGGAGCGCGCCGCCUGGUUCCACACCCUGCAGAUCCUCUUCUUCCUGGUCAGCGCCUACUUCUUCUCCUGUCCGGUGCCCGAGAAGUACUUCCCCGGGGCCUGUGACAUCGUGGGGCACGGCCACCAGAUCUUCCAUGCCUGCCUGUCUGUGUGCACGCUGUCCCAGCUGGAGGCCAUCCUCCUGGACUACCAGGGCCGCCGCGAGAUCUUCUUGCAGCGCCACGGCCCCACGGCUGUCUACGCGGCGUGCCUGUCCUUCUUCGUCUUGACCGCCUGCAGUGCUGCCACGGCAGCUCUCCUGAGGCACAAAGUCAAGGCCAGACUGAUCAAGAAAGACUCCUGAGGCUGAUGGGUGGGCCUGAGGUGUGGAGCCGUCCCUUGUGGGUCGGGGAAUACUUGAUGCGCCAACAGAAGUUGGCUUCUCAGUUUUAAGUGUUGAUUUUUAAAUUAAUAUGUAUUUCCAGGGAUACACUAUGGCUGCAGCAUUUCAAAUCCAAAGGAUUCAAAAGUUUUGUUAGUAAAAGGAAAAUUCCUUUUUCUUCUGGGUCAUUGUCUUACAAGAGAAGGGAUGUUAGAUAAAACUUACGGGACACAGAACUAGAAAGAACCAUCUUCUUGUCUGAAAAUGUAGCAGAAUUCUCAUUGUGGAUUCCAGAGUCCUAGAACUGAGUGGAUAUUAGAAUUAUGUUGGGAAGUAAGCAAGUGGUUGGCCCUCAUCCUACUUGAAUAGCUAUUCCACUGUGCUGGUCUUUGGCACAGUCUUACUGGAUUUCAGAAUACCUCGAAUGGAAAGUCAAUACUCGAGAUGAUUUAGUGAAAGCCUUCCACAUAAUGAAUUCCUUGGUUCACCUGACUUCUGGUCCCUACUGUAACACCCUUUUCUCAGGACACCUGUCUGCCUGGCUUAGUCUGAAGUAGUGUUUACUCCCAUCCCUAUUUUGCAUGAUAAUAUAAAGGACUCUGAAGCAGUCUUAGGUACUCCUGGAAAUGUUUGGAGCCAUGUGCGCUUCCAGGAAGCUUAACUCCGACAUAAUACCAAUGUAACCCUACUAGAAAGUUCAGUGCCAAGACCUCCCAGGAGGCCCAGCCACCAAGCACAGACUUUCUUGCUGGGUUUGUGUCUUGGGACCUUUCUGUUUUAUGCAGUAGACUGCAGGAUUGUUUGAGAACUAUUAAAUAGGGCAGCCUUACAGACCAGUAGGCCUGGGGUUGCUCUGGGGACCUUCCAGAUUUGACCAGCAUGUUUAAAAUGCCUUUGAUAGAGUGUACUGGUUCUAAGGACCCUCUGGGGGAUCUGAUUAUUCCAAGAGGAUUUUAAGGUCUAGUCUACUAUGUAGAUGCUGCCCCAUGAAGAAGGGGAUGUAAUUCAGGGUUCUCAGGCAAGCAGUUCUGCCUCACGUUUCAGCAGAACCCUUAAUAUAGUCAAGUCCUGGCCAAGUAAACACGAAUGCUCACUGUGGUUGAUCCCUGAAGCCUCUUUGAGUAAGAGUGAAUGAAUGAGGCACCUGGCAGCCCAAACUUUCUGUUAGGAACAUGCUGCCCUGCGGACUCUGUGGGACGGUGAUACUUACACUCCAUGUGUUCAGGCUACACAGCCCUCUCUAGGGCGACUUCUGCACUGAUCCAAUGAAGGCGACUGCAUCGGAGGAAGGGCUUCGGAGCCCAUUCUUCACAGGGCGCGCUCUCCACGGCGCCUGCUCUUCACAGGCUGCGUUACCCCGCAGUAGCACGUCCCUGUUUAUUAAAUGAAAGUGGCCUGUUUGAACUUGAGUUGGAGAAGCCUCUAUUAUGAGAUUACUUUUUUUGUCUUCAAGCCUUUGUGUUUUUCUUUGAGAGAUUUGUGAGUUUUGUGCCUUAUAAAUGGAAAUGUAUGAACACUUUAAUAUAUGCAUAUGUGGUAUUUUCUGUUUGGGAUUAUUGAAAUGAGAAAAAAUUAAUUGUCUAACUAGUGACUAAAAGAAACCUCAGAUAGUUAUAAUUACUUAUCAAGAUUGCAGUCUGUAUUUUGACAAAAAAAAAUCACCUGAAGAUUUCCUUUAAUCUUUAAAUCAAAAAAGCAUGUGUCCUGUCAGCUACAUUGUUUUGCUACAUGAAUUUCUUGUUGAUCCUCAAGUAUCUGAACUUUUUAUGCUACCUAAGUGUCUUACACAAGCUUCUGGUUGUCCAGGCCAAAUUCACAGCAAAUAAAGUCAACAAAAUGGAACUGGGUUGAACUGAAAGAAGUGUGUGUGUGGCUGAAGCAACAGGUACUGAACAGAAUUACAGGGGAAAUGAGCAAACACUUCAGUAGGGCUCAGUUUAAAAUGAGGAUCUAGUAGUGUUUAUAAGGUCUCUUACUAUGCAUUCAAGGACCAUACUCUUGGUCCUCGAAAGUUAGUGGGAGGAAAACGAGGGAGGACGGUGUGAACCAAGCUCUUGAGUAUAACUGGUGGUACCGGUGGAAAUCGGAUCACAGCUAGAUUGUCAUUUAAAGCUAUGUCUCAUAGUCGCUUGUCAUGCAGACUGGCCUUGAAUUUAUGAUCCACCUGCUUCAGCUUCCCCAGUGCUGAGAUUAUAGGCAGGUGCCACCACGUCUAGCUGUCACCUACAUGUUUUUAGGAGGGACAGCAACUAGAUAGUGACCUGCAAGUGGAUGCUCAAGUCCUUGCCAGCCUGCACACUGCUGCUGCUGGUCCAGAGACCACACACAGGGAAGCACUAAGCUCUGCCAUACUGCCAGUUUUUAUUUUAGCUUACUCAAGUACCCUCAAAUAAUGGAACUGAGGAUUCUCUCUUUUUUUU